GUUCCUGGUCCCUAACACUGCUAGGAGCUGGGCUCACUGACGGCUGCUCAGGGCGUGGGAAGGACUGUGGACAAGCUGCUGUGCAGGGCACAUGUGGACUAUAACUUCUUCCUGUUUCCUCUGGGGCAGAUGAUGAGCCCUUACUCCCUGGCCUACCUCCUCCUCCUGUCGCUGGUCAACUGCUCUCCUCUACAGGACAGAGGAGGACCCACAGGCGCCCUGAGUAGCAUCGCAGCCAGAGUGGGCUGGGCCAUUCCAGCUGAGGGGCUCCGACCUCACUUCAUGUGGGGGUCUUCUCGGUGGUCGAGAGCUCCAUGGCCACAGGCCCUGCUUGUCAAGGCCAAGGAGCUGCAGACACUGGGUAGAGUGCGUGCUGGCUUCAGGUUCCGCUUCGGGAGGCAGGACGAAGGCAGCGAGGCUACCAGCUUCCUCCCUGCCAAGGGUGAGAAGGCCAGCAGCCCAUUAGGAAACCUGGCUGAGGAGCUCACCGGCUACAGCAGGAAAAAGGGCGGCUUCAGCUUCCGCUUCGGCCGGCGGUAAGGGCCAGGCUUCCUGGAAGGACAUCUUUGUGGACUCUUCAUCCAUCUUCACUCCCAUCUGCUCCUCCAGUCUCACAGAUGUAGAUUAUGAAUAAGCAGUGGUAGUAUUGGUUAGGUGUUUGCUUACUUUUUAUUUCCAACUUUGCUAAAGCAAAACUAGGUGGUGUCAAGGAGGUGACAGAGAGCAAGCUGUCUCUUGACUAUGAGGACAACGCUGCAGCAGUUCCAGCUCACGGGCAGGACCCUGUUGGUCUCAGCCUCCCUCCUCUCUCAGAGGUCUGGCUCUGAGCAGUGUGCUGGCCUCCAUGGCAAGGAGGUGAGGCUGCAGAGGGCCACGGACAUGAGCAGGCAGAGCAAGGCAGCUGACAGAGCGAUGUCAGCAGGGUGAUCAGUUUUGACAGUCUCCCUAGGGACACAGCAGCUGACAAAGUUCAUCUGUGAAUAAGCACAUUCCACUGGGUGCAGAGUAUGGUUCCAAAAGUAAAAAAAAAAAGAAAUCUUAUGCUCCAUCCUAUGAACACAAGAUUCCACUGGUGAGAGCCCCUGCUGUGGUGUGGAGCCCCCUCACGGAUGUCCUUCUGUGUGGUGCACUGUUUGUCGUACUAGGAGUCUCUGGGGGGACAGGCAGACUGGGAGGGAACAGCGUUGCUGUGACAGGCUGCA